GUAGUCGAUGAAGUGGAGUCUACUGUAGAUACAGAUGGGAUACAGACUUUAAAAACGAUCUAACAUUUCCAGUUUGUCGAGAAGUUAAUUCAGCAUUUUAAUGGAUACCUAUGUGUGAUAAAUGUACGCAUUUGAUUUUAUGCUUUGUCUGAUUGACAGUUUUUCCAUAUAGCCGAUCUAUGCUGAAAGGAUAUACAGUCAUGCAGCGAUCAUUAAUGAUAGUGUUGGUUAAGAAAGCGCUGAUGAAAUCGGCCACUGUCAAUAAAUAAAUGGAGACUGCGAGGACUUGUAUGAGAAUGGGUAACAAGUGUUCUAUAAAUAGGCUGAUACGAGUUUAACUUCAUUCACUGGAAACUUCAGAUUUGGGGAACAUGAAGUUGUCUUCAGUCAGAAUGGGAGUCGUCAAGGUCAUGUUGCUCAUCUUUUUGGCCAUUCUGUUGUCUGACUGUGCAAGGGGACCUCCGCUGGUGGCUGAGAGGGUGGCCCAUAGACAGUCAGUGCACCUGGGGAGUUCCAUCAAGCUGCCAUGCCCUGUUGAAGGAGACCCGCCACCCCUCAUCAUGUGGACCAAAGACGGCCACAACAUCCACAGCGGCUGGACCCGCUUCCGCAUCCUCCGCCUGGGCCUGAAGAUCAAGGAAGUGGAGGUUGAGGAUGCUGGAACAUACAUCUGCAAAGCCACCAACGGCUUUGGCAGCAUCAGCAUCAACUAUACCCUCAUUGUCAUUGAUGACUCUGGUGCUGAUAAGACUGGGCCAGGGGUCCCUGGUGGGGUGGACUCAGAGUAUGACCCUGACCACCUAUCAGGAAAACUAGUGCGUCCCCGCUUCACACAGCCUGCUAAAAUGAGGAAACGGGUGAUUGCCCGCCCAGUGGGGAGCUCUGUGCGGCUGAAGUGUACAGCCAGCGGUAACCCUCGGCCAGACCUUGUGUGGCUGAAGGACGACAGGCCGCUGACGGAGCGCGAGGUUGGCGAGGGGCGCCAGAAGAAGUGGACUCUGAGCCUGAGGAACCUGACCCCGGAGAACAGCGGCAAGUACACCUGCAGAAUUUCCAACCAAGCCGGGGAGAUCAACGCCACCUACAAAGUGGAGGUCAUACAGCGGACCAACUCCAAACCCAUCUUGACGGGCACUCACCCGAUCAACACCACAGUGGACUAUGGGGGGACUACCUCAUUCCAGUGCAAAGUGAGGAGCGAUGUCAAACCGGUCAUCCAGUGGCUCAAGCGUGUAGAGUCCAACGGGGAGAGUCGGUACAAUUCCACCAUCGAGGUGGGCGACCAUCGCUUUGUGGUGCUGCCCACGGGAGAGGUGUGGUCACGCCCUGACGGCUCCUACCUCAACAAGCUGCUCAUCACCCGCGCCAAGGAGGAGGACUCUGGCAUGUACAUCUGUCUGGGUGCCAACACCAUGGGCUACAGUUUCCGCAGUGCUUUCCUCACCGUGCUGCCAGACACCAAGCCACCCAUCCCCCCGAUGUUCACCCCAGCCUCCAGCACCCUACCCUGGCCUGUCAUCAUCGGCAUCCCUGCUAGCAUGGUGUUCAUCUUCGGUACAGUGCUACUGUGGUUCUGCCAGAGUAAGAAGCACUGUUCCCCUCCCAGCACUCCGGCUGCCCAGGUCCUGCAGGCCUCCCACCGGCUGCCCUACCACGAGAGGGACAGGAGCUGUGUGGCCCACUUCUCCACUUCCUCCAGCCCAGAGAAGGACUGCCUGGGCUCCAUAAACUAUGAGGAGUAUCUGACUCAGCAGCAGCUUCUCCUCACUCAGGGGGUCUCUGCCCUACCCCCCAAAAUCUACCCCAAAAUCUACCCAGACAUCCACACUCACAUCCACUCCCAUGUGGAUGGGAAGGUGCACCAACACAUUCACUUUCAGUGUUAGCCAAAUAUAAUAAUAUAUGCCAUUUAGCCAAAGCAACUUAUAGUCAUGCGUGUAUACAUUUUAAGUAUGGGUGGUCCCAGGAAACGAACCCACUAUCCUGAUGUAGCAAGAAACAUGCUCUACCAACUGAGCUACAGAGGACCAAAUGUAAUGUUGUCCCCUUCUCUGCGCCUCUGAAGAAUGGCAUCGUACAGUGAGGGUCUGAGCUGUGGACUGAACCUCAGAGAACAGCUCUCUGGUUGUACCUGCAUACCUGCCUGGUCCUUGGUGCAACUUGUUUCAUAUCAACACCACUAAAAGACAUCAAACCCCGAUGUGCACUUUGUACACAAAUCCCCAAGGGAUUCUGCAAUGUGUUAACGGCUAUUCAGACUUACUGAGAGGGCUAUGGGUCGUUCCACCAAUUUGGUGCCUUUUGAGAAGUAUUUUUUUUAAUUUAAUUUUACAUUCUGUCAUAAAGAUCACAUGUUCGACUUCAUAAAAAAAGUUUUCCCAUCUCGAGAGUUAAAGCUAGAAUUCUUAGUUGCUACAUCCAUUUUUGGAGUUUUAAAUUAAUGAUAUACACUGCACACAAAACAUUAAGAACACCUGCUCUUUCCAUGACUAACCAGGUGAAAGGUAUGAUUCCUUAUUAAAUUCCUGUUAAAUUACCUGGGGAGCUCUGAGGUACCUGAACACAUGAGAAAAAAAUCACGCAUGCAUAUCAUCACAUUUACGUAGUGAUGUAGAGUAGAGGCACUUACAGAAGUUGCACACAGGCAAAAUGUUGUGGCCAAGGUUCCAGGUAUUUUGGGGCCUUUUAUAAACGCAUUUCAUGCGAUUCUAAAUCAUUUUACAUGACUGGAGAUUUUUGCAUAUAUUUUUUCAAUGCCGCGUUUGGGAACUCGGAGAACUCAGAGCUGGGAAAUCUCCAACUUCAGUACAUUCAAGACAACUAGGAAAUCGGUUAAAAAAAACGAGCUCCGAAUGGGAAAAUAAUUUAUUUAUAUACUUUUUAAAAUAUAUAUAUUUUUUACCCUUUUUCUCCCUAAUUUGUAAUUACAGUCUUGUCCCAUCGCUGCAACUCCCGUACUGACUCGUGGCACAUCUAGUCUGAAAAUUAUCAUCUAGGAUGUUGGUAAAAGCCUUUGGUUAGUAUCAUAGCAAGGAAACAAAUCAUAGCAAGGAAACAAAACACAUAGCCGAUUUCAAUUAUUUACGACAACAGCCCUAAUGUUGAAAUCAAUCAUUGUCAUCCAGUCACGUUUAUGAUCCUGUUCUAGCAGGAUCCGGCUCAAAUUAAGCACUGAAGUCAACAUGGGCCAGCAUCCCUGUGGAACUCUAGAGUCAAUGCCCUGACGAAUUGAGGCUGUUCUGAGGGCAAAACCUGGUGCAACUCAAAAUUAGAAAGUUGUUCCUAAUUUGUAUACUCAGGGUAUAUUCAUACAUUUAAAAAAAUAAUAAUAUAACGUAUAAAUGCCUCACGAGCUUAGUUUAGCUGUCUUUGUACCCCAUCAGAACCCAAAAAGAUAAGCUUAUUUUACUCCAAUGUUUGUAAAAAAUUUAAAUGUAAAGAAAAAAACCUGUAUUGCCUCAAAACAUGAAUUUGUAUAUAAUGGAUGGUCAGUUCUUGCAUCCAUACCUCUGUUUAGGUAUUUGAGAGUGGUUACAUUUCUCUAGGAACAUCCCUCAGUUUAUAACUAGGGUUUAAGAUUGAUGGUGAAAACUUGGUGAAAUCUUGGGGUUAAGUGUGUUAAAAUCUUCUUAGAAGUCACAAAGGGUGCAUGGAGAGAUUCUCCAAGUUGUCUAUAUGAAAGGGGUAUUUCAUUUAUUAUAACAGGUUUAUAAAAUCCAAUAUUGUACUCAAGAGGCACUCAUUUCGUGGAACAACCCAUAUCCAUCAGUAACUGUGCUGUUUACCCAUCUCAACUAACCUAGAGGGGUUAGGGUCAGUUUAGACCUUUACCUCUAAACCUGUUGUAGGGCAUAAGAUACAGUACUUAAGCUCUGCUAGGUGAUGAUGUUAAAGGACGCAUGGAAUGUAAUACAAAAGGGCUGGUUUUACACUCAUACUCAGGUCAUCCCUUUGAUGAAAAGAAAUGUUUCAUUGAUUGAAUGCACAUCCAUUUAACCCUGACCACUAGUGUCCAUCAAUAAUCCUGUUUCAUUUCACUCAGUCACCCCUGAAGGCCUCGAAGGGCUAUAUGAAAAUAGAUAGGUAGCAUUUUUGGGGGAUAUUUGAAUCAUGUCCAUAUCGAAGACUGCAAAGAAUAAUAUUGCGCCAAUGUUGACUGUUUGACUGGACUCGCUACAUAUCACUGUCGGAAUCCAAAUGUUACUUAGGUUACCACCACUACUAGCCUUUUGCAUGUGUUUUAUAGAAUCCUUGCAAGAGGUAUGAGGUCAAAAAUAUCCCCAGUGUUGCAGUGAAUAUAUGUAACACCAUUGGGACUGCAGUCCAAUCCAACAACAAUUGAUAUAGAUGUAGUCAUUUUAUAUGCAUUUUAAAAGAGGUGUGUAUUUAAUUUAUUUUGAUAUGGAAAUGUAUUGUUUAUUUUUCAAAGUCAGGCAUUUUGAAUAUGUUGAAUGUGUAGGAUUAUGUUUACUGUAGUUGCAAUGUAAAGUAUACAGUGCAUUUGUAAAGUAUUCAGACCCCUUGACUUUUUAUACAUUUUGUUACGUUACAGCCUUAUCCUAAAAUGUAUUAAAUUGUUUUUUUCUCAUCUACACACAAUACCCCAUAAUACAAAGCAAAAACAGGUUUAGACAUUUUAGCAAAUUUAUAAAAAAUUGAAAACUGAAAUAUCACAUUUACAUAAGUAUUCAGACCCUUUACUCAGUACUUUAAAGCUUCUUUGGCAGUGAUUACAGCCUCGGGUCUUUUUGGGUAUGACGUUACAAGCUUGGCACACAUGUAUUUGAUGAAUUUCUCCAAUUCUCUGCAGAUCAUCUCAAGCUCUGUCAGGUUUAAUGGGGAGUAUCGGAGAACAGCUAUUUUCAGGUCGGGUUCAAGUCCAGGCUCUGGCUGGGCCACACAAGGAUAUUGAGACUUGUCCUGAAGCCACACCUGCAUUGCUUUGGCUGUGUGCUUAGGGUUGUUGUCUUGUUGGGAUGUGACCAUUCACCUGCUCUGGAGCAGGUUUUCAUGGAUGAUUUCUCUGUACUUGUAUUUUUAGGGGGUGUAUCAGCCUUUUCUCUCAUCUUUCUCUCGAUCCUGACUAAUCUCCCAGUCCCUGCCGCUGAAAAACAUGCCCACAGCAUGAUGCUGCCACCACCAUGCUUCACCGUAGGGAUGACGCCAGGUUUCCUCCAGCCGUGACACUUGACAUUCAGGCCAAAGAGUUCAAUCGAGUUUCUCAUGGUCUGAGUCUUUAGGUGCCUUUUGGCAAAGGCCAAGCAGGCUGUCAUGUGCUUUUUACUGAGUCGUCGUUCCAUCUAGCAACUCUACCAUAAAGGCCUGAUUGGUGGAGUGCUGCAGAGAUGGUUGUCCUUUGGGAAGGUUAUUCCAUCUUCAGAGGAACUCAAGGGCCGUCAGAAUGACCAUCAGGUUCUUGGUCACCUUCCUGACCAAGGACCUUCUCGCCCAAAUGCUCAGUUUGUAAAGGAACAGUCUUCGUGUUUCCAAACUUCUUCCAUUUAAGAAUGGAGGCCACUGUUAUUGGGGACCUUCAUUGUUGCAGACAUUUUUUGGGGACCCUUCCCCAGAUCUGUGCCGUAACAGUCUGAGCUCUACAGACAAUUCCUUCGCCCUCACGGCUUGGUUUUUGCUCUGACGUGCACUGUCAACUGUGGGACCUUACAUAGACGUGUGCGCCUUUCCAAGUCAUGUAGAAUCAGGUGAACACUAAUCAAGCUGUGGAUAAACAAAUGGAAACAGGAUGCACCUAAGCUCAAUUGAAACUCUAAGCAAAGGGUCUGAAUACAUGUGAAUAAGUUUAUUUUUAAUACAUUUGCAAAAAAUAAAACUGUUAGCUUUGUCAUGGGGCAUUGUGUGUAGAUUGAGGAAUAAGGCUGCAACGUAACAUAACGAGGAAAAAGUCACGGGGUCUGAAUACUUCCCGAAUGCACUGUAUUGCAUAUAUUAAAAGGUAGACUCAGAGACAUGACGUUUCCACAAGCAGCACCGCAGAUACCUAGAUGAGUGAGAUGCAAGACGUCUCAGGCAGUGCAUUUUUUAAUUGAAUGUUUAUUUAAACUAGGCAAGUCAAUUAAGAACAAAUUCUUAUUUUACAAUGGCCUACCACGGCCAAACCUUGCCCUAACCCAGACUAUGCUGGGCCAAGUGUGCGCUGCCCAUGUGCAGGGGUUCAGUUCAAGCUGUUCACAGCAUGGUAGCCACAGGAUCAAAACAGUGGAGACAUUGAGCCUCAUGCUUCAAUGCUCUUUGUUGCAGAAAUUGACCCACUGCGGUUUACUUUCUGCUGAGUCUACCUUUGACAUUGCCAACCAGGUUAAUCAUAUUUAGUUUAUAUGCAAGUACUUACACAAUUGGUUGUUUGACAAUCUUAAUCGAUGUGCCCCAUUAAAAGUAGAAAGUCAUUUGAAGUUUGAUUAAAGGACAAGCAA